GGGGAGUGCACUGGGAGCAUCACUGUUGCUAGGUAAUGAUUAGUGACAUCAGGGUACCUGUGCUCACCUGCCUCGCUGCUGCUCCUUUUAGAUGAAAAAGGGUUAUGAUGAAAUAAUGACUUUGUGGAUUCUGUUUUUAUUCUCGCUGUCAGUCAGAGCUUACAGAUAACUCUCUGAGCCAUGCACAGAUCCAAAUGAGCUUUGGGAAAUAUUGAUUGACUUUUUUUUUUUUUUACCUUUGGACUUACAAACAGAGCGGAAGCCGUUCUCUGUCUGUUGGAGCUACAUGUCUGGUUUUGUGCUUACCAGAAAUGCAAAAUAAAAUCUGUUGGAACUGGAAAUUCAUCAGUAAUGCCCCAAUGGACAGUGAGAUGAUUUCUCAAGGAACAAAGGAUGUGGAGUGAUGCGAUGGCGCUCGGGCACGGCUCGAAGAAGUCGAUCUCAUGUGACGCGGGGGUCAUACCUGCUUCUGUGAACAGUGGGGUAGAAGAUGGUGGCCACGCGGCUGCUUCUCCCACCAGGAAGACUCGGUCCUGCAAGUGUCUCCUGUCCUCCUUUAUCAUCGUCCUCGUAGCUGCAGGAGCCACACUGGCCUGGUACUUCCUGGAAUACAGGAUUUGGGUGUUGGAGCCUCGUGUCCAGCAGCAGUACACGGCCUACCUGACCAUCCUCAACAGAAACUUUUCUGCUGAUCUGUCCUCUCACAAGAGCCCUGUAUUCAGAAAGGAGGCCAAGGGAGUACAGAACAUGGUAGGGAAGAUAAUAAAGGGGUCCAGUCUUUCUCGGUACUUCAACUACACCACUGUGUUCGCCUUUGGAGAAGGGAGUGUUGUGGCUCAUUUCUGGAUCAUGAUGUCUAUACCAGAAAGCCACGCUAAGAAGGUCACACUGGAGGAGCUUACCACAAGCCUGGAGGAGGGCCUCAGGGGGUACAGAGUGUCAGGGGAGGAGGAGACAGCCAGCUUCUUUGGAUACCUCCUCCACCUCCCCUCGCUUUCUGUCAGUGAAACUGACACCAAAGUUAUAGAACUUUUGAAAGCCUCAUUUGACUGUUACCGCUACCAGAAGGUGGUGUCCAGCAGCCCCUUGGCGCUCCGCGGGCCGGACACACAGCGCUCUUCCUGCCUGUGGCACCUCCAGGCCGCCCCUGGCUCCCAGCUGGAGCUCCAUAUGGAGUGGCUGCUGCCAGAGUGCCGGGACAGGCUGUUGGUGUACAACUCCCUCACCCCCUCUGACGCUCACCUAAUCACAUCAGUGUAUGGCUGCAGCAGACAUGAGCGUUUGGUGCGCGUCCUGUCUUCAGGCGAGUGGAUGACAGUGGUUUGGAAACAGGGUCUGUAUAACUACAAGGACCCCUUCUCUCUGUCCGCACAGGCCUGGGACCGCCAAGACUGUAACUCCGCUAUAGAGCUAAAGGCCGCACCAGGGGUCCAGGGGGCACUGAGGACGCCUUUCUUCCCCAGAUACUACCCCCCUGACACCAACUGUACCUGGAGCUUUACUAUUCCCAGUGUAGGGAUGGGUUUGUCUCUGGAAUUUGAGGGCUACGAGUUGAGCAGAGCCAGCUACAACCAGGUCUGCACGCAGGGACAGUGGAUCAUCCAGAACCGCAGACUGUGUGGCACCAGGAGUCUGCAGCCGUACAAUGAACGCCUCUUCCUGCUCUCCACAACAGCCACUGUUGUCAUGACGUCAGAGGUGUCACUCACAGGGCCGGGCCUUCAGCUACGCUACAGAGUCUUCAACCAAUCAGAUCCUUGCCCCGGCCAGUUUCUGUGCACUUUUAACGGCCUGUGUGUUCCUGCCUGUGAUGGAAUUAAAGACUGUCCAAACGGACUUGACGAGAGGAAUUGUGUGUGUGCGGCACAGUACCAGUGUCCGGAGGACAGUCAGUGUGUCGACUACUACAAGGUGUGUGACCAACUCCCAGACUGCCCUGAAGCAUCGGAUGAGAUGAACUGUACUGAUGGUGUGCAGUGUACAGAUAUGACCUAUGUGUGCGCUGAUGGAACUUGUCUAAAGAAGCCGAACCCAGAGUGUGACUUUGUCUCCGACUGCCCCGACGCCUCGGAUGAGAAGCACUGUGACUGCGGCCUGAGGCAGUUUUCCAGCCGUAUUGUUGGGGGCACCAAUGCCACGGAGGGGGAGUGGCCAUGGCAGGCCAGCCUACAGGUGCGAGGUACCCACAUCUGCGGGGGAGCACUAAUCUCUAGUCAGUGGGUGGUGUCCGCUGCCCACUGUUUCUAUGACGACCGUCUCUACGCCCCCUCAGUGUGGACGGUCUACCUUGGUAAACUGCGGCUCAACCCCAGCAGCCCCACUGAAGAAGUGACGAGAGUUAAGGAGAUCCACCUUCAUCAAUUCUAUGAUGAUGAGUCCCACGACUAUGACCUGGCCCUGCUGAAGCUGGACCGGCUCGCCCCCAUGCUGCUGGCAGGACAUGCUCGACCCGCCUGCCUGCCUCCACCCACCCACCAGCUGGAGCCGGGCCUGCUCUGCUGGGUCACCGGCUGGGGGGCUCUCCGCGAAGGGGGCAGCACCAGUAAUGUGCUUCAGAAGGUGGAUGUUCGCCUGGUCAGUGAGGAAGCCUGUGUUCGCUCUUACGGCCAUGUGGUCACUCCCAGAAUGCUUUGCGCCGGGUACCGCAGUGGAGACAAAGAUGCCUGUCAGGGAGACUCAGGCGGCCCCUUGGUGUGCCAGGAGCCAUCGGGUCGCUGGUUUCUUGCCGGGGUGGUGAGCUGGGGCAAAGGCUGCGGGCGUCCAGACUACUACGGCGUCUACACUCGCAUCACCAGGCUCACUGACUGGAUCCAGCAGGUCAUCAGCAGCCCCUGAGACAUCAGGGAUGUUCAUCAUCUUUACAUCAAUAUCUUAUAUCUAUAACCUGCAGCACGGUGCAAAUGAACACCAACCACAUGAGGAUACAAAGCACUGGAAGAUGAUUUAAGCCAAGCAGAAAGGCGAAAAAGCAUGACAGGGUUUAUCCCAAAGUCAUCAAGUAAUAAAGCUAAUAUAUUAUUUAUGCAGCACAUUUCAGGACUGAUAUUAUUAGUCCAGCAUGUAGUAAAAAGAAACAUGCCACAAUACUGACAAUAAAAUGAACUGUGAGUAAGAAUGAUAACAGGACACAUUAAGAUAAUGAUAUGAAAAGCUCUUAACUGUAUUUUGAAUUACUUAAAUAAGAUUGUGUAUCACUUUUUUUGUUUAAUCAUUUACUAUCUAACAGACUGAAUCUUCUAUAUUUUGAAGAUAUCGAACUUAAAGCAUAUUUCCCAUAAUAAAAAAACAACCUUGUUUUGUAA